GCCCUAGAGCCGAUGGACAAAACAAAGGGUUGAACAAGUGCAAAGGUAAAAGGUUGUUGACUCGGCUGUGAAUCGAAGGCGGUGCAGUAUGGGCAAGAGGCGAGAGAAGCGAGUAGCAACCGCCACCGGUUCAAACCACCGUCGUGACCGACAUCGGACGACCGACUCGGCCGCCGAUUCAAACCCUAACCGGGACCGCAAGCUCUUCAUCAUCUUCGUCGUCUUCUUCAUCGUCCUUCCCGCCAUUUCCCUAAUUGUAUACACUACUCUAUUCGCUUCACGCACAGACACUUCUCUCCCAAACUCACACCAACCAGGCCUCGCCAAGAUCGACAUGAAUUACCUCCAAGUCCUAACUGAGAAUUCAAAGUUAUCGGAGAAUACAUCUCACCGGCAUUUUAGGAAUCCAGUACUGGCCUACAUUACUCCAUGGAACUCAAGAGGCUAUGAUAUUGCAAAGACAUUCAACUCCAAGUUUACUCAUCUAUCGCCUGUGUGGUAUGACCUGAAGAGCCAAGGGACCAAGUUAGUUCUGGAGGGAAGACAUAAUGCUGAUAAAGGAUGGCUUUCAGAGCUUAGAAUGAAAGGAAAUGCUCUGGUUUUACCGAGAGUGGUUCUAGAAGCAUUUCCCAAUGAGCUGUUGAAAAAGAAGCAGCAGAGGAAAAAAGCAAUUGACCUUAUAGUGAGAGAAUGCGAGGAAAUGGAAUAUGAUGGUAUUGUGCUUGAAUCUUGGUCAAGGUGGGCGGCAUAUAGAGUCUUGCAUGAUCCAGACAUGCGGAAUACGGCACUUCAGUUCAUAAAGGAAUUUGGACAAGCACUACAUGCUGUGAGCUUAGAGAGGAACAGUAAGCAACGUUUGCAAUUAGUGUAUGUUAUCGGUCCACCAUAUUCGGAGAAGCUUCAAGAGCAUGACUUUGGACCAGAAGAUCUCAAAAGCUUGAGUGAUGAUGUGGAUGGUUUUUCACUUAUGACCUAUGACUACUCAAAUCCUCAGCAUCCGGGUCCCAAUGCUCCUCUAAAGUGGAUCCAUUCUACUUUGCAGCUGCUCCUUGGUACCUCCAGUAGUGGUGCUCAGAGCCUGGCUCAUAAGAUAUUUAUUGGUAUCAAUUUCUAUGGGAAUGACUUCACCCUCUCAGAAGGUAUGUCACUUCAUACCAUGUUAACAAAAACAGAAAAUUAUGCUAUGGAGACCCUCAAUGCAGUUGGAUUGACACCCAUCUCUGUUUUCUCAGACAGAAGAUCAGAACCCAGAAAAACUCUCUCUCCCCCAACAACUUUCCCAUUCAAAUUCCCAAAUUCUAACCCUAACCCACCAAAUUUUCAAGUGGGUUUCUCAAAUUUGUCAAGGAGUUUUGGUGGGGGUCUAGUGCUAUUAUCUUCAUUUCUCAAUUCUGGGUUUUCUAGGGCUUUGACAUAUGAAGAAGCCGCACAACAAUCAGUGAGCGCAACCACUUUAAUUCCCAGUUCUGACUUCGAUUUUGGUGGGUUUGUUGAUGAUAUCGUCAAUUUCGCAGUAGAUAAUCCGGUGGUGGUUGCUGGUGGCGUCGCCAUUGUGGCGGUGCCUCUGGUUGUGUCUCAGGUGUUUAGUAAUUUUAAGCCAUUUGGGGUUGAGUCUGCUAAGAAUGCUUAUGCAAAAUUGGGUGAUGAUGAAAGUGCUCAGUUGCUUGAUAUUAGAGCACCGUCGGAGCUCCGGCAGGUGGGUGUCCCGGACGUCCGGGGGCUGAGGAAGAAGCCGGUGGCGUUGGCGUAUAAAGGCGAGGACAAGCCGAGGUUCUUGAAGAAGCUUUCAUUGAAAUUUAAGGAGCCAGAGAAUACGACAUUGUUCAUUCUUGACAAAUUUGAUGGAAACUCUGAACUCGUUGCAGAGCUGGUCACUUCGAAUGGAUUUAAAGCUGCUUAUGCCAUAAAAGAUGGUGCAGAAGGAGCCCGGGGAUGGAUGAAUAGUGGUCUUCCUUGGAUACUACCAAAGAAAACAUUGAGUCUCGAUUUCAGCAAUUUGACUGAUGCAAUUGGAGAGGGGGCUGAAGCAUUGCCCGUUGCCCUUGGAUUCGCCGCUGCUGCGGGAUUAGGUUUAUUGGCAUUUUCAGAGGUAGAAACAAUACUCCAAGUUUUAGGCUCUGCUGCACUUCUUCAAGUUGUCAGCAAGAAGCUCCUUUUUGCAGAGGAUCGAAAGCAAACUUUGCAACUAGUUGAUGAGUUCUUGAGCACCAAGAUUGCCCCCAAAGAGCUUGUAGGCGAUAUAACGCAAAUUGGGAAGGCCCUUCUACCAUCCUCUGAUAUUAGCAAGGCUCUUCCAGCACCUGGAGAGUCGAGCCCUGCCACCACCGAAAACACAGUGCAGAAAGCAGAAGCUGUUGCCGAGCCACCAAAAGUUGAAGCAGUUGCUGAACGCACUCCUCAAAUUAAUUCAGUUCCCAUACCAGAAGUUAAAACAGAAUCACUUCCUGGAUUUUCAAGACCGCUUUCACCAUACCCAUUUUAUCCGGAUUUCAAGCCUCCAACAUCUCCAACCCCAUCACAACCCUAGAGAUGUAACGGCAAAUUGAAGGCUUGGUCUUUUUCUUCAACAGGCAAUUGUUUGGCUAGGUAUUCCCCGAGCCGACAUAUCAGUUACGAUGUAUGCUUCUCUUCUCUAUGAGAUUUUUGGGCUUAAAUGAAUUGCAAUGUAGACAAAAUGUAGACAAAGUUAGUUUCAUGAGUUGAAUAAUCUCUAUGAGUAGUAAAUAUAACAAUGAAAGAGAAAAACUUCGAUGUUGUUAAGUUAGUUUCAUGAGUUGAAUAAUUUCUAGUUUGUGUCUCAUGUAAAUGGGAAUAUUCUAUUAGCUAGAAUUGGAUGUGUAAACAAUGUUUAUAGUAAAUUGCUUGCUUCUGGUGUUGUUUGAUGUUGUUAA